CGUGUCGCGCGUGACCGACUUGGCAACACUGUCGCUGUCGCAGGCACGCGGUCGGCAGCGCGGCGCGGCGGUGAGUCGGGGAACCACGCUGCCCGCUGGCUGGGCGUCGUGUCAGCGGGCUGGCUUGCCCCAGGGUGUCCACAGGACAGGGAGCUGCGACAAGAUGGCGGGCCGGUGGUGUGGCGCCGCGCCGCUGCUGGCGCUGCUGUCGCUGCAGACGUGCUGCUGCCUGGCGGCCGGGCUGGAGGGCCCCAACAUCUGCACGCGCCAGGAGAAGUACACCAUCACGGUGCGGGUCUCGGAGCAGAAGCCGUAUCAGGUGAAGGCCUACACUUGGUGCUUCAACUUCCCUCCAAGGUGCUCCAAGUACAAGAUCAACUUCAAGACUGUUUACAGGACGCAGACGCUGGUGAAGACCAAGCCGGUGGAGGACUGCUGCAAGGGCUACACCAAGAGCAACUCCGCAGAGCGCUGCAUCGCAGUCUGCUCCGAGGACUGCGUGCACGGCACGUGCAUCGCCCCUGACACCUGCCAGUGCGAGACUGGCUACGGCGGGCCCACCUGCAACAUCACCUGCCCGGCGGGACGCUGGGGCCGCGCCUGCCAGAACGACUGCGAGUGCAGGAACGAGGCGUCCUGCGACCCGUUCAGCGGGCAGUGCCGCUGCACGCGCGGCUGGCAGGGCAGCAAGUGCGACGAGGAGUGCCCGCCCACGCACUACGGCCAGGGCUGCGGCGAGGAGUGUCGCUGCCUUCACGGCGGCUCCUGCCACCACAUCUCCGGGGAGUGCCGCUGCGCCCCGGGCUGGACCGGCCCCCUGUGCGAGGACAGGUGUCCGGAAGGCAAGCACGGAGACGAGUGCUCGUCAGAGUGUCGGUGCCAGAACGGGGGGACCUGCAACCCGUCUAACGGCCAGUGCUACUGCACCCCCGGUUGGACGGGCGACGUGUGCGGGAACCGCUGCCCUGCGGGCUCGUGGGGCAUGAACUGCAGCCUGAUGUGCGACUGCUACAACGGGGCCACUUGCCACCACAUCUCGGGCCAGUGCGAGUGCCAGCCGGGCUUCCAGGGCCACCGGUGCCUGCACAGCUGCGCAGAGGGCAAGUUUGGAGUCAACUGCACGGCCAACUGCACGUGCAAGAACGACGCGACAUGCUCGCCCAUCGACGGCACCUGCGCGUGCACGGACGGCUGGACGGGGCCGGACUGCUCCGAGCGCAAGUGCGCGGACGGCCACUACGGGGAGGCCUGCGACCAGGUGUGCGAGUGCGCCAUGGAGAACACAGAGAUGUGCCACCCGUGGACCGGCAAGUGCGAGUGCAAGGCGGGCUGGGACGGCCAGACCUGCGCGCGCACCUGCUCCUUCUACCAGUGGGGCCAGGGCUGCCACAACAUGUGCGACUGCAAGAACGACGCCCAGUGCUCCCCCGUCAACGGCACCUGCAUCUGCGCCGCCGGUUUCCGCGGCACGGACUGCAGCGAGCUGUGUCCGCCGGGCACGUUCGGCGAGGACUGCGCUCACAAGUGCCUCUGCAGGAACGGAGCCACGUGCUCCGCGGAGAACGGUCGCUGCAACUGCACGCCAGGCUGGGAGGGUCAGCAGUGUGACCGGCCGUGCAACGAGAGGUACUACGGCAAGGACUGCAGCCAGCAGUGCAAGUGUCUCAACAAUGCCGCCUGCAACCCGCAGAACGGCACCUGCACCUGUCCUGCCGGCUACAUGGGCGAGCUGUGCGAGCGUCGCUGCGAGAGCAACUGGUUCGGCCUCGAGUGCAACCAGAUCUGCUCGUGCGACGACGACAACAGCAUCGGCUGCGACUCUGUGACCGGCGCCUGCAUCUGCAAGCCCGAGUGGAGAGGCAUAAGGUGCGAGACGCGCUGCCCCGCCGGCCGCUACGGCGAGGACUGCCGCAACUCGUGCGUGUGCCACAACAACAGCUCGUGCGACCCCCAGACGGGGUCGUGCGUGUGCUCGCGCGGCUGGGAGGGCCCCGACUGCAGUCAGCCGUGCCGCGAGGGCUUCUACGGCCUGCGCUGCAAGGAGAAGUGCCCCAUCCUCUUCGGCAAUCGCACGUGCGACCACGUGACGGGCGACUUCAUCUGCCGGCCGGGGUACAUCGGCUUCACGUGCGAGCACCCGUGUCCCCUGGGCACGUACGGCUCCAACUGCCGGGAGAAGUGCUACUGCAGGAACGGUGCCGACUGCCACCACGUGACCGGCCAGUGCCUGUGCCUGCCCGGCUGGACGGGCUCCGUGUGCGCCACGCCCUGUCCUGUCGGCACCUACGGCAUGAACUGCAGCCAGCACUGCAAGUGCCUCAACAACGGCACGUGCCGCCGCAACGACGGCCUCUGCCGCUGUCCCCCGGGCUGGAUCGGCCAGCAGUGCACGGAGAUUUGUCCCGAGGGCUACUACGGGGACCACUGUAUGACACCGUGCGAAUGUCCUAACGAAAACUUUGUGUGCCACCCGGCGGAGGGCUGCAUCUGUCGGCACGGCUUCACAGGGGAGAAGUGCGACGUGCAGCUGUUUGCGAGCAACGUGCAGGAGAAGGAGGAGCACCACUACGGCAGCGUGGCGGCGGGCGUGGUGGUAGCCCUGGUGCUGGUGUGCAUCAUCGUCGCGCUGCUGCUGUACUACCGGCGCCGCGUGGCCAGCCUCAAGUCUGUGAUUGCGAGCGUGGAGUACCAUGCCGACCCCCAGUCCCAGCCAGACCGCCACCACUUCGACAACCCGGUGUACUCGUACCAGGCGCCCCGCGUCGACGACGGGGACAGCCUUCUGCUCAACAACGUGCACAAGAUCCGCAACGACCUGGGCGCCAAGAACAACAACGUGGACUGGGGCAAGCUUGGAGCCUGUGGUGGAGAGGACGAUGACAACCUCAGCUCUAAAGGCGUGAACGACCUGGACUACGAGCACCCGGCAUCCUUGAAGAACCGCAACGCGGACGCGGGCAACCCUAACCUCAACGUGUACCACAGCAUCGAUGACCUGGAUGACAAGAAGGUGGAGCAUCUCUACGACGAGAUCAAGCAGAAGGAGGGCCAAGGCAAGCACCUGGGUUGCAAAUCCUCUCUUGUGUCGCUUGUUGCAGAGAUCCCUCCGUCGCCUGUACCACCACCGCGGCACACGCUGUGUUCAUUGCAGAAACCUUUAUCUUUGUGCAACGGGGAUGAGUUCACAGGAAUCAAUAAAUCAUAUGCAACAACAUUGAAUCAAACUUGAGUUGUUCGUGCAACUGCUUUCCUCGAUUCUUUAUAACGAAGCUGGUUUUAUAAUGAUCUAAUCUUUCUUUACAUUGGCAUAUGCAACAUGUUUAAACUGCUGGAAGACGUCAGUUACUCCCCACCCCCCAUCCCCCUUUUUUUCACUUGGUCACUCGAGUGCCUCCACACCAACUGCCCGUCUCUAUUAGCGAGUGAAGUUGCAGUGAACAUUUAGUAGCAGAGUCUCGUCUGCUGGAAAAUUAAAUUUUGCUUCUUUUCUCCCCUACAAAUGUACUGCCAAUCCCCACAGCACUUGCUCACAAUUGGAUUCUUUUCCUCCUGUGCUCGCCGUUCGUCGGCCCGCCUUGUUGCCUCUCGGAACUCGUCGCCACGACUCAUGUCGUCCUCUGCCUGUCUUGACUGCGUGCACUCCAGACUCCUGCGAGAGCCUGUCAGACACUGAUUCGACUGAAGUGAAAGUCUAUUGCUCACUGCUUACUUCUCAUUUAUGGCUCACUGUUAUGGCAGGUUAUUUGCUCUCGACCAUCCGUUUCCAGUGAGUUCCCUCGUUUACAAAACAUCUUGCUGCAGCAUUGUGGGGCCGGCACGACUAGGAAAAGACUGCGGGAUUGUCGCAGGCAGUUCCGCAUUCAGUUUUGAUUCCUGUAACUCAGUUGGCACUGCAGGGACAGCUGUUAGGAUGUGUCGAGGGGGGUCAGAGUAGAUUAUUGUGUACUUCCGGUACAAUAAACAGCGUUACUGUGAUAAUUCUCAGCUUGUCUUUUAUCGACUCUCAACCUUGUGCGUGCUCUGAUAGGGAACCCUGCCUCAUUAAGACCUACGAAUGAAAGGCAAAGUGAUCUCGGCAUCCUCGCUACUCUGGCUGCCUUGUGGUGAGGUAGCCACAGGGACCCCAACAAGCAUCUCAACCCUGCUGCUCCCUUUCUCAUGAGGGGCAAGCAUCUGGGAAUGCAUCUUAAGGCUUUUCAAAAGAGAUGUGUUUUGAAGUGAAAUGAAUUUGUUGUGGAUUAAUGUAUUUGUUAAAUUAAUGUUGGCAAAAUAAUGAGGUAUUUUGGUAUUACAGUAUUUACUGUCAUAAAUGCAACUCCCCAACUUUUCAAUUAUGAGUUUAUGAAAAAUAAUUCAUGAGGUGAAAAUCACAAUUCACACAGAAAUUAAAAAUUAUUUAAAUUAGUAAAUUUACACAAUAUUUAAUAGCAGAUUUAUGGUGCUUUUUCUGUCCACAGAGUGAUUUAUUGGCCUUUUUUGAAACAGCACGCGCAAAUUAAAAGUAAAAAAAGGGCAGAAAUUAUGUAUAAGGAAAAGAGUUUGAAGGGUGUAGUUCAUAAGCUGUUGAUCAGAGAGCAAAGAAUGCUCUUAUAUAUGGUUGGCGUCAGGAAGGAUGAGAGGAAGGGAGGGUGCCUUGGCUAGCAGUCGCUUUCCAGUGUGUAUCAUGUCUCAUGUCACACCUUCCUGCCGGCAAGGUUUAGAAAGCUGUAAACAAGAGCAGACUAAAGUCACACAAGUGACACAGUUCACAGGCAGAUCAUGUAGUUUUUGAACUGACUGGCGGUUCAGUAUGCAGUAAUUACCAGCGGUCUGAAGUGCUUAUGUGAUGCACUUACGAGGCAGAGCGUGUGGUUUUUCAACUAAGCUGUUCCCGCUGUAAAUUAACAUCUUCCAGUCGCAAGAUACAAGUUUUCGAUUAUGAUGCGACGCUUACUUUUAGGUUUAGCAGUUUUGGUAAAAACCAUCACAUUAUAUUCAGUUAAAAAUAAGGUACAUAAUUCAGUUUUAAAAUAUGUGUGUGAAUUCAAAUCAAUGGUUUUAGCAUUUUAUUUAAACAACUAGGUGUACAUAUAAUUUAUUUAUUUAAUUUGUGCACGUAAAAAAAAUUGGGACCAGAAUGAAAGCAUGUAUGUAGCCUUUUCACAGUUACAUUAAACUUAAGUAAGAUAACACAGUAAUGUACACACACAUAAUAAGUUGUAAUGAUUACUAAAUUUAGACCUUUCAGGGAAGUUCUGCAAUGAUACAAGCAUUAUUGAUAUGAAAUGUUUGCGUGGACGGAGU